AUGGCCAGCGGCAGCGGAGGACCUAGGACAGAUAGUCCGUUUAUCAUAGAGCAUGACGAGGACUCAGUCUUGGACCAUGAAUUGGUUGAUGAUGCUAUUGAAGCUGAUGACCCGCUCGGUUCGACGACUGACCGUACGCCAUUAACUGGAAACAUUUCGUCUUCAGCUUCCGGAGGAGCCUCGCGAAACCCCGUAUCCAGCUCAUACCUCACAUCAUCCAUACCCGGAGAGGACCGCCGCGCACCACAGAAUACAAUUGACGAGUCUGUCUGGGAUACUCUCUCGAGAGAUCUCCUAGCAGUAUGGGAGAAGAUGAGACAAGUCCUUUGGCCACAAUAUUUACUAGGUGGCAUGAUGAUGCGUGGAGGAGGGGGUAGUGGAGGAUCCGCGGAACGAGGUGAGGCAACAGGCUUUGGCAGUGAGAGCCUAGGGGCCCUCCGCGGACUCGUGGGCAGAUUACCGGAUGCAGAUGUUGUUUUACAGGGGGGAAUGAGUGAAGGACUUAGAAACUGGGAUCUUUGGGGGCCAUUGAUUUUCUGCCUUUUGCUAAGUAUGUUCCUUUCAAUGGGCAAGGGUGAGCAGUCAAGUCUUGUCUUUUCGGGGGUGUUUUGCAUCGUGUGGAUUGGUGAAGCCGUUGUCACUCUGCAGAUCAAGCUGCUCGGCGGGAACAUUUCAUUCUUUCAAUCCGUGUGUCUCAUCGGCUAUACGCUCUUCCCGCUGGUUAUUGCUGCGCUACUGAGCGCUCUUAAUAUUCCUACUAUAGCCCGCAUUCCCGUUUACCUCGUUCUAGUGGCCUGGUCCCUCGCAGCGGGAGUAAGCAUUUUGGGUGGCUCGGGGGUAGUCAAGAACCGGGUGGUCCUUGCCGUCUACCCGCUAUUAGUAUUUUACAUGGGAAUCGGCUGCUUAUGCUUUAUCAGUUAA